CAUUCGGCAGCGGGCUUUGAUCGAGACGGAUUCGAACGCCAAUUUUUCCCUCUCGAGAUAAAAGGUCAAUAGAUUCUUUUUUUCACAGAUAUUUUCCCGCCUUAAGGCAUAAACUAUAAAAUAAAUACAAAUUCUGUUGGCUGCCCAUUUCGUGCUGGAAUAUUUUCUCUUUAUUUCGCCUUGACACAUAAUUUCGAAAAGCGAUGCCGAGAAGAAAAGACAUAUUGGAUUAAACACAUUCGGACGCUGGCCAGUAAGUAUUUUUGUUUAUAAACUAGAUAGUUGCCCUUGUAUAAACUGGGUUUUUGUAUUCCAUACACGUUUUAUAAAGUACAUUUACAUUAGGUGAUUUAUCGUUUACUGUGUGAGAACAGUUUCAUAAAAAAUAUACAUGCAUUGGUCUAGUUUAUUGUGAUCAGGUGAUUUGUUAAAAAAAAACUUCAUUGACAGUUUCAAAGAAAAUGGUUUGAUAGGAUCUCACUCUGGACAGUCAAGGUUUUAAUAACUCCUAAUAUACAAUAUUUUUAUACCAAAUAGCAUUUAGUAUCUAAACAAACAUAUUAUUUGAGAAUCUCGUAUUCACUGCACGUACUACACACCAUGAACGAUGGCUUUUAAAGCAUAUAAAAAAUAUACAACAUAUAAUACUAGGUCCUCUAAAAAUUUCAACAAAAUUUUUUUUAAAAUAGGUCAACGUCCGUCUAUCAGGCGCCCGCGUAAUACAUACACAUGCGAGAUCGAUCGAUAACUAAAAAGAGAAAUACGCUUGCAUAAGGCUUAGGUCAAAUAUUGGAUAAAAAUUGAGCGACGGGCAGGACGUUUAUUGUAAUGAAUUUUACGUGCACUUUGGUAACGCUCAGUGCGUCUUUUAUUGAUGUUUACUUAUAGUUUUUUUCCCGGUCGGUCGGUACAUUCGAAUCAAUUGACGACAGAAUACGUUUGAAUGAUGGGAUAAAUCGAAGGUGAAGCUUUUAUUUGCUUCAGUUAAGCAAUAAAACAAGUUAUAGAAUUUCCCUUUUUUCCUCUAAGUAUUUGAUUAUGGGCGGUUACUUUUGUGAAAUCGUGAAUUAUAGGUGUAGAUUUUAGGGAGAACAUCAAUCCAAAGGCUGUCAUCACUUCCUACAAACUGCUUAGAUUCUCCAGGGAGAUUCUGUCCUUAUUAUCUCUUAUUCAUUUUUUUAUUUUCGUGCUCAAUAGCUCUUAGAAUUGAUUGUACGCACGCUUAAUCGAAUAUAGAUACCAAAAGUUGUCCAGAAGUAGAAAAUGUGGAACAAAUAUACUCCUAACUUUUCUGCCUUAAACGAAAUUAUAGACAAUCUUGUUUUCGCUUCUUCAGCAUUCUAUAUAUUCGUUCUAUACGCUGUAUGUUAUACUGCUUUAUAGAACAUAGCAUUCUUACUUUCCACAAUUGUUUUUUUGUUUGGUUUGUACCUCAAAUAGAUGGGCUAAUAAUAUCAUAAUAACUAUUCUUGACAUUUAGCACGCGUGCAUUCAAGCACGACAUUCGUCUUUUAAUUAAAUCUCUGCACGUGCCCCCUCACGUCUAAUUAGCAUACUGAAAAUUAAUGCAGGGAGAUUAGAGGCAGACUUAGCGUUUACUGUCGCUAAUGGUGCAAGAGUCCAUUUGUGAGCAUAGUGUAAACAAUUUUAUAGCAUUUUAUUGAAAAAAAAAACUAUUCUCUUUGAUGUUAUCAACGUUUGGUUUUAUUCUGCUGAUUAGACCUUAUUUGUUACUAUUUCUUCAAUCGUUCAGGAUAUAUACAUCUUCUUUAUUUUGUAAUUGAUAUCUUUGCAAACCAAAACUCUAUGGCAGCAAAUCGAACACCUUUGUAAACAAUUCGUUUCAACAUAUUUUAAUAAAAACAACGCAAAAAAAUAGUUGACUCGUUGAAAUGACGUAUGAGCGCUAUCUUAAUUUGUAAGAUGUUUUGCUUAUCCUUAAUAUAUGCCCUUCAGGUUUCCCCUGUAUUGCCUAUAGGCCUUAGUGGAAACCUGCUCUUAGGUUUUAACCCCCUUUCCUCUUCAAUAAGAUAUUUGAUUAAAUUCGGAGUAUGCUUGAAAUGAUAUUGCGACUUCUUGAACUACGCUCGGCUGUGUUAAAUGAUUAAAAUAUUAGGUUUCUUGAGUAAAUUCGAUGUUCCUAUAUGAAAAUACAAUUAAGUCUGCAGCACCCGAUCUAUCAUUGAGAAAAGAGGAAGCGAGAGAUGUAAGAUUGAUCGCCUAUUGCAUACUAUUAUAGCUAUAGUUGUUUACCAAUAAUUAACCAUAGUUUGUAUGGUUGUCCAAUUGAUCGGUUAUGAAGAAUCUAGGUCAAGCGAUGUUUUCCUUCAAAACGCCACCUACUGUCAGAAACAAUAAACAUUGCGCGCAAACUGGAAGCACGUUUUUUUUGUGUGCUGCACGAGUUGUAAAAAAGAAAACUAUAAUUGUACGAUACUAGGCUCAUAGAAAUUUCAGAUAAGAUAAAAACGUAAAUCGAUGUUUUGUUGAAAAACUAUGAAUAGUAAUUAUUCCAUAUUGAUAAGGAUUACAGAAUGUUAGCUAACGGUAAGAAUAUAUUUUUGGUUAAAAUUCGAAAAUUACAGGUAUUGUAUAUAAAUAACAAUAUGAGAACCUGCAAGAAACGUUUGGUUGUGGAAUAAACAGCUUUAGCGAACUUACCAUGCAUUAUUAAAUGGGAUUUACCUGUUCUUGGUCUAGAUUAGAUAAAUUAUAUCUUGAGCCUACUGCAAAAAUACAAAUACUAGAUGUUUUUCUAGUGUUCUUUUAAUAUUUUUGGAUAAUAUCAUAAAUUAUCAUUUCCAUGUAACGCCUGCUCGUUUAUUUAUCUAUCACUUUAAUAAAAUUUAUUACAUUCUGUUUAUUUUGUUAUCUGUGAGAAUCUAUUGCAGACAAAAUAAUUAAGCGUCACCCUAACGUCUAACUUAUCACAUAAAGCACCUAUGACAAGUAGCAGAUGUUGUAUUCAACUACUAGUUUUACUUAACAUAUUUUACUUUCUAGUUAAUUGUCAUUGCAAAGUCUAUUUUGUUGAAAUUGAAACUCUAUACAACAAUUUUUGUCGUGUUUAUCUAAAAACCGCAACUGAUCUACUUCUGUAGCUAUUAAGAAAAACUAUUAGACUUCUUUUUUUUUAGCUGACGGAAUCGGCUUAACUUUCAGUUUUUCUUUCUUUUUCAGGGAACGGAAUGGCAUUAAACGGUCAAACUGAAUUCGAAAUUAAGAACGAGAUAGACAAUGGAAGUGAAAAGCUUUACCUGAAACAUAGCCGCUUUAGUGUUCCAAGGAGUUCGCUUGCGAGACAACAUUCAACCGGAAACGUAAAAGACGCCUAUUCAAAUGGCUUUUACUGUACAUCCUGUGCUCAGAAUAUUUCGAAACCGGUAAAUGAGGGGGAUAAGAUUAACAUCGACGUUGAAGAAAAAAAUAGAGUGAUAGCAGCUGAUAAUGCUCCCCAAUUUCAUAGCCGACGAAAUCAGAGGAUUCUACCAGUAGCUCAGUAAGUUCUUUUGCAACUUUCACUGGUAUCAAUCAAAGUUACACAUUUUCUUUCUUUGAAAAGAAAAAUACGCCCAGUCGUUCAAGAAUAUGUAAUAGGUAAUUUAAUUGAGCUAUUGUUGGGGACAACACACAGAGUUGUUGCGUUAAAUCUCUUGAAUUAUUCCCCGUCUGUUCAAUAUUUUAUAGCGAGUCAAUUUUUUAAAAGCUCUUUUUUUUAAAUCGAAUUCCUAGGCAUAAAAUAGUUAUAACAUUGUUUCGGUAAUAAAUUCCUGUAUUCUUUUUAUUUCUUUAUAUUAGAAUUUUUAGUAAACAAACUCCUAUCUACUCUGUACGCAUACUAGCAGAUGAUAAACAUGAACUCAACAUUCCACGUGACUUCCGUCUGGUGGAACACGAGAAAAACGUCACGUGAUUAAACAUUAUCGUCGCUUAGAGCACUCAGAAAGUAUUACACUAAUAUCUUAGCUCCUUUAAGGCGACUAUAUAAUUUAUCGCUUUAAGUGGAUUUAUUCUGCUGUGAGGCCUUAUAAUCCUUUAACGGAGUUCGUAAUUUCGAGACCUCUACUAAUCAACUUUAUUGUCAAUAAUCUACAAUUAAUAUUUCCUAAAACUGUCAUAAUAGGUUAUCAUUGCUUGCUAUUACUUUUUAUUAUACCAAAAAGAUCGACUCUUAAAAACAGCACAAUUGGCGGAUACCCAAAAGUGCAUUGAAUACUUAACAGCAGAUGGCACCACUCACAUGGAUAUAUCUGCUUAACUUAAUUUAUGGAUAGACUACAAGAGUUUCCUGUCUGCUCUACAAACUUUUUUCUACGCGGGCGGGCUUAUAGAAAAAACAUGGUCGAUGAUUCACAGUUCAAAUGAAAAGAAUGCCAAUCAAAUUUAUUUAGCCCAGAUUUUAACGAUAUAUCAUAGAUUUUCACUUCUUACGUGCCUAAUUACAACGAGGCUAUUAACUUUUCAAAGAUUGUAUAAAAAAUUUGUACAGAACACAUUAAAUGUCAUUUGAAUCGAUUCAUUUUCUUUAGUAAACAAAUUAAAAAGUUUUCUAAUGUAUUGUGGUAGAGAAUCAGCUGAUGCCUUUAGUGCCGAUAAUGCCAUCUAUCGUCAAAAGUGGCCAAAAGAUGUUUCUAUCAAUGUUAAAUCCAAUAAGAUUCAUGCUCAUCGUGGAGAUUUACGAGAAGACAGCAAAACAGGUCAACUUUAUCAACCAGUAGAUGUACAGAUAACAACAACCAACUUUAGAAAAGCUCAAAAAAGUGAUCCUUGUGACUUAGACGAAGCUUUGAAAAUUUUAAAGGAAGCCAGUGAGUUGUCAGUGGAAAAAAAUUCUUUUGGAAUCCCGAGAUCUAAGAGCUAUUCAAGUUCAUUUAGAGAUCAAACAAGAGUAUUCACUGAGCAUGCUAGAAAUAAGAACAACAAUAACUCCUCUUCUCGAAAUUCCACAAAUCAUUUGAACGCGUCCAAUGUAAAUGGAAAUUACUCGAAUUCUUAUCGAGAGAGGGCCUACUCCGUUGAAACAAAUCCAAAACUACUUAAAUCUGAAGGGCCCAAGCCUUCAAAAAGUGUGCAUUUUGAUGUUUGUGAGAGCUCUAAUAGUGAGUUCAGUCGAGGUUUGCAAGUGUCUGAACCAAGGCUGUCAAAUUCUGAUACUAAUGUUAAUGGUAAUUAUCAUUUUCCAAGAGGAAAUCAUACUGCCUUCAAAGAACGAUAUCAGAGCUUACCUCGAGAUGUGUCUCAACUAGAUAAUCGCCUUAGCCAACCCCCUGUCCAUAUUCGAGUCUCUUUUCAGAAAUUGAAUGAUUGCGAUGAAGAUUACAACGGCUACAUUUCCCCUUUGGAUGUUGCCGUUAAAGAUAAAGUAACAUACGAAUAUGAUAUGAAGAAUCUAGAUGAUAUUUUAGAACAAGCAGAAUCCAUACUAAAUGAUUUAGAAGACGAUAAAGACUACGGUAGAGAUAGUGAGAUGAUGGAUAAACCAAUUGAAAGAAGGGGCUUCACCUACAGAACAUACGUCGGACCUAUCAAUAGUACACCAGUAAUGAACGUACGAGCAGAUGUACAUAAAGAGCCUAGUCCUGAAAUAAUAUGUGAUGAAGUUCUUGAGAAUGUAAAGGAUGAUAAAACUUUCGAUGUAAUAGAAGCAGGUUUCGAUAGAAAGAUGUACCUUUUAGAAAAGAGACAUGGAUCAAAACCUAGUGACACUUUUACAAGAGAAAAAAAAGAUAAACAAGAAGAGAAAUUGUUGAAUCAAGCCUUUGAAAAAUUAACAGAAGAGAUUGAAGGCUUAUCAUCUCUAAGUGAUAUUAGCUCGAAUUCUCAAGACAGUCAAUUGCUAUCAGGAGAGGCUGUUGAAGAGUUCUUUAAAAACACUCCUGAAAAGGAUAGCGAUAGAAAGCAAAAACUACGAGAGAAAGUAUUGAAGAAAGGAGAAAAUUAUAAAUUAAACCAGACAGCAGAUUCUCUAGUCACGGAACCACUAAGGAAAAACGAUGAAUCUCUAGACAAAGCAGAAAAGGUUGUGUUACUGGAGGAAAAACUAGUUGAGUGCAUUCGUGGACAGCCAAUUUAUUCUCAUCACACCGUAUCACAACCCUACUUGAAAGCCCUACUGCAACAAGAAAUUGAAGAAAAACCAUUAGCUAAUCAGAAAAUACAUGUUCAAUGCAAAGCUUCUAAGAUUCAGCCAGUUUCCGAAAGUAGCGAUCUGUAUGAGCAAACAACAAUUCAGUCAAAAGCAGAUAUGAUAAAAACCGAUAUUGACACUCUUCUUGGGAAAGUUAUGCAGAAGCAGGGUGUAAACUCGAAUAACCCAGCAUUAAAAGCUCUAAGAUAUUCUUCGACACCUAAAACAAUAAGUAAACAGAAUAUUUCGCAAGAUGGAACUGUAGUCAAGGAAGAAGUAACAAGUCAUGAAAUAGUUCUAGAAUUUAAAUUUCCUAAGUCGAAAGGUCGUAAGACUGAUAUAAAAGGUGCACCUUUUCGAGAACUAAGUUUGAGAAGAGUAACUAAAAUUAGUGAUGCGUCCGAUGCGGAUAAAGCCCAACUUGAAGACGGGAAGGAAACUGAAUUGUGAAUGGAAAAUUUAAAUGAAAUAGAUGUCACUAGUCGGCUUUAAAUUUUUCUAUCUUUACCAAUACCCUUUCAUCAAGAUAUCGAGUUGAUAAGAUUGGAUAGGAAACUUUUAAGCUGAUUGGUUUAGUCUAUUAGAGUUUACGUCGCGAUUUCUUUGGUUUCCGUUGAAAGUACUUAUUUUGAAUUGCCAUGAAGACAUUGACUAUUUAGCUUUUGAAUUGCAUUUAAACCGUUUAAGAAAACGUUAUUUGGUUUUUAAAACAAGAAAAACUAGAAGAAAAAAUUGUCGCUUAAUUUAAUUAAAUAAAACUUGUAAAACC